AUGCCGGGAAGGAUCCUGCCAACGCUGACCCAAGCUGAGGUCGAGUCGCAUAACAACGCCAAAUCGUGCUAUGUGACCAUCGGUCCGAAAGUUUACGAUAUCACUUCGUUCGUUGACGACCACCCUGGUGGAGGCGAUUUGAUUCUCGAAUACGCAGGCAAGGACGUGGGUGAGAUUUUGGCCGAUGUGGUAUCUCACGAACAUUCCGAGUCGGCCUACGAAAUCUUGGAGGACAGUCUAGUCGGUUUUGUGGGCACCGCCUCUUCGACCAAGGCGAAUGUGAAUGGAGCUGCAAGUGCGGAGGAAACAGCACGGGCUGUCUAUGAGAGCACGGGUAUGGCGACUGAGGAAGACUUGUCCAUCGAGACGGAUAUCACCAAAGAUUACCAGCAGCACAAGUUCCUUGAUCUCAACAAGCCCUUACUUAUGCAGCUGUGGAAUAGCGGCUUCAGCAAGCAGUUCUAUCUCGAGCAGAUCCAUCGUCCCCGUCACUACAGGGGUGGUGACUCUGCACCGCUCUUUGGCAACUUUUUGGAACCUCUCAGCAAGACGGCGUGGUAUGUCGUUCCGAUAAUGUGGCUUCCGUGUAUCGCCUACGGUACUACCGUUGGCCUUUCGGGUAUGUCUAGUGCAUCCGCUGGUGCUGGCUACUGGGCUUUCGGGCUCUUCUUCUGGACUCUGAUCGAAUACGUGAUGCACCGGUUCCUGUUUCACAUUGAUACGCUUCUUCCUGACAACCGAGUCGGUAUUACUCUGCACUUUCUCCUUCACGGAAUCCACCACUACCUGCCGAUGGACAAGUACCGACUUGUAAUGCCACCAACUCUGUUCGUUCUUCUCGCCGCGCCGUUCUGGAAAUUUGCGCACUCUGUGAUCUUCUAUGACUGGUACGCCGCUGUGCUGGCGUACUGUGGUGGUGUCUUCGGAUACGUUUGCUAUGACAUGACGCACUAUUUCCUCCACCACCGAAACCUCCCAUCGUACUACAAGUCGCUCAAGAAGUAUCAUCUUCAGCACCACUUCGCCGAUUUCGACAAUGGCUUCGGUGUUACCAGCCGCUUCUGGGACAGAAUCUUUGGCACAGAGCUUGAGACUCCAGCACCGUCCAAGAUUGUCAAGACCCAAUAA